GGGGGGGGUGCACCACCCCUGGCCUCUUUCCCCCUUCAAUGGGGGGUUUUACGGUCUCGGCAUCGGGAAUCCCCCCGUCGUGAACUGAAAGAGCAUUCCCCCGCGCCUCAUUUUUGCCCCGGCCGGGCUCGCCUUUGUCCUUUUGGUCGAUCCUGCCGCAUGCGUCACUCGGAUGGCACGCGCAUGGGGCACACACACACACACGCGCGCACGCGCCAUCAUGCCCCGCAUCUUCUCUCCGGGCGCCCGCCUUUUUAUACAAGGGAGGGGACACACUCUCGGACAAGAUGCUGUGCAUGAGAUGGGCCACACGGGGGUGCGCGCCGUCAUGACGCGCGCGCGUGCAACGAGCCGCCGCGCGUCUUGGCUCGACGCAGGGGAAAAGGGCCAGAAGGCCAGGCAAGAAAAGGGAAGGAGGGGGAUGCGCGCUUGGACACGAAAAAAAAAAGGGCGGAUCUCUCAGCCGGCAGACUGAGCGCAAAAAAAGAGGCCACGCGUCCCAUGGCGGCGGCGCGCGCACGGUCCCCUUUUCAGGGGAGCCCCUGCGCUUCCGCCGACAUGUUCUCGCCCGAAAAAAGACCGGAGAAGCAAAAGACCGAGGACACAACACGGGGCCGAAAAAAGGGCGGCGCGCGCGUG